AUGCCGGAAAAUACUGCGGAGCUUGCGGAACGCGCGUCCCUGACCCCGAGUAAAGCGUGCAACUAUUGUCGAAGCCGAAAGAUUCGCUGCGAUAAAACGUCUCCUUGCUCGAAUUGCCAGCGAUUGAGAAUAACGUGCACAACAGCACCCCGUGCUGCAAGGCCAAGACGGCAACGGGUCUUGAUAUCAUCACAAUAUGAUGAUAAAAUCGACGAUAUCAAUGCAAGGCUUGAUCAAUUGAAUCAACAUAUCAAUACACUUGUCGCGGGUAGUACCCCAUCUCAAGUAUCGAGGGGCGCUGGUUCGUCUACCCGUAGCCCAUCAACCCAUUCAACUCGGUCGCCACUUUCGCACCAUACAACAGCAAGUAACGCCGGGGCUACUCCGUCGAGUCACAAUGAGUGUCAACAGAACUUUCAAUUCGCAAACACCCGAAUACGGGCAAGCCAGGAACAGGAAGACGAGCCAGUCGUUGAAGGACUAUCGUCACUCUCCGCCAAUUCAACCUUUGCCGUUGACCGUUUACGCAAAGUAGCCGGCGCUGAUCGAGAGAAGGGUCAUAAUUUUGAUACUAGGGAGCUCUUGGACAAGCUCCACCAAAUUGUUAACGCAAUUAAGCACAGGGAGUUAUCGCCAGAACUACUACUACCACAUGCAUUACCCCCGGCUAGGAGUCGUGAUGACUUCAAAAUGCCGCCGAUCGAAGCCACGGUGGCAGUCAUAAGGAAAGGACAAGAACAGCGGAAUUAUAUGCUUAGGUUCCUCAGCGUUGUGCUCCAGGCCGAAAGCCUCUCAGAAUUGUGCCUAAAGGUGUACUUUUCCGGGGAGUAUUCAGAGGCAGAGUUUAUCAUCAUCAACACUACUUUACACUACCUAUUCGGCAAUAUUGACCUUGAACAAGACGGACAGCUACAGCCAGGAGGCUCGCAAGAAGAUUUCAAGCUGCUCUGUCGAGUAAACCUCGAAACCGCACUCUCUAGAUUGUCUUUAUAUUUCAAGGCUACGUAUGAUAUGGUUCUUGCGCUGAUAUUAGGAGCAUUUUACGCGGUGGAUAUUGCAAGGCCAUCUCUAGCAUGGACGUACACAGUUGCGGCAUACCAUGCCUCUCAUGCUCUAGGUUUCCACACUCGGGCAAAGGGCGCAGAUCCAGGAUCAGACGUCCCAAAUAAUAUGGGUUUGCUCUUCUGGAUAAUUUUCUGCUUAGAGAAACCUCUAAGUCUACGACUCGGCCGUUGUUCGUCAAUAUCAGACAUUGAGAUAACAGUCCCACUACCGGGAAGCUCGCAAACAUCUGUUUCCCCGGUCAUGAGCUACUUCCAUCAAUCUAUAAGGAUUUCCAUGGUCACCGCAAGGAUUUACGAGAGGCUCUACAGCGAGCAUUCUCUUUCUGCCCCUGAUAAUGUACGAGAACAAGUGGUAUCCGAGUUAUCGCAAGAAAUGCUUGACAUUCAAGAUAAGUCGCGUGCUAUAAUUAAACUUCUGCUUCAAACAGAAACCGACAAAUAUACGCAAGAUGUUAUCGAAUUCGUGUCGAGCUGCGACGAAGUGUACCGGCUAUCAGUUUUGACACUUAUACACCGAGCUGCUCCUGAACAAGUCGGCUCCGUAUCCACAUUCAGUGACGAGUGCAUCUUUUACGCCAGAGCUGCACUAGAAUACCAUAAGAACCACGUCCAGUCCUUCGGGAUCCCGGAACUCAUUUCUGAAUAUGUGAACUGGACCAUCCUCUUUUCCCCAUUCAUCCCUUUCAUUGUCUUGUUUUGCUGCGUGCUGGAGACGGGGGACGAGGGAGACUUAGCCCGAAUGCAAGCUUUCGUGAGCUCCUUAGAAACCGCUAGCGAGCAUUCCAGCGUCAUUGCGAAGCAUCAUAUUCUUUUCCAGGGGUUUCAUAAUGUGGCGGUGCGCUAUAAAGAACUGAAAUCGGCUUCUACCCCCGUGCAGCAGGAACAGGAGGAGCUCAGGCUGGAGAUGGAUAGUUUCCUAAGCGAACUGGGCUUUCAGACGCAGGCCGGAUCAACCGCUGCAAAUGCGACUCAGGAUAUGGCGUUGGAAAGGCCUUCGGGAGCGAGGUUUGGUGAGGGGGUCCAGUCAGAUAUGCCUAAGGAAUACCAGGAUGUCGAGCAGGCCCUGCGAUUGCCAAGGUGGUAUACCAUGAACCAGCAGAUUAUUGGGCUGUUAGACAACGACGAGUUUCCCUUCUGA